GUGUGAAAUUUCUUGUAAACGAAGGAACCUGGUUUCUUCAUCAUCAAUCAAAAAUACUCGAUAUAUGUUUCUUCAAUUCAUUUCAUUUCAUUUCGUAUCGCCCACGAAAACACACUGUUUUUUGUAUUUUUCGUUUCCCCAAACAACUAUCUCUCUAUGGGUCGUGAAACUUCUUUAGUUGCAGAUCCAGGACCGACCGCGGUGGCUACGGCGACGGCGAAGGCGGCAAAGACUGGCAGUUCUGCGACGGCCUUAGCACCUGGGUUUCGAUUCCAUCCAACUGAUGAAGAAUUGGUUAGCUAUUAUUUGAAAAGAAAAGUUACGAACAAGCCUGCCAGGUUUGAUGCUAUUGCCGAAGUUGAUAUUUACAAGCAUGAACCUUGGAACCUUUCAGACAAGUCAAAAUUGAAAACCAGAGACCAGGAAUGGUAUUUCUUUAGUUUAUUGGACAAGAAGUAUGGCAAUGGGGGAAGAAUGAAUAGGGCCACAGGCCAAGGGUAUUGGAAGGCCACGGGGAAGGACCGAGAGGUCCGUCAUAAUUCACAGCUUAUUGGAAUGAAGAAGACGUUAGUCUUUCAUAGCGGGAAAGCUCCUGAUGGCUUGCGAACCAAUUGGGUUAUGCAUGAAUACCGGCUCAUUGAAGAGGAAUUGGAAAGGAUUGGAGCAUUGCAGGGCUACGUGCUAUGUAGAGUAAUUCAUAAGAAUAAUAUUGGACCACCAAAUGGAAACCGGUAUGCACCUUUCAUUGAGGCGGAGUGGGAUGAUGGUUCAGCCGCUCUGGUUCCAGGAUUAGACACUGAGGAUGAUAUUGCAGCUGGUAAUGAGUCGAUAGCCAGAAAUGAUGUGGCAGCUACCGAGAAUGCAGCAACUGAAAGCAAUGGCGUCCUGAGGAUCAGUUCUGAGCAGCAGGACAUUGAACAUCCAGACGAGGAUGCUCCGCCUAGUGAUGAUGUUCCUAGAGAGUCAUCAAAUGAGAGAACUGAUGACUGUACUUUGUUACCUCCAUUCAAGAUCGAGAGAUCAGAUGAUUGCCCACCGCUAUGCAUGCCUAAUCGAGAAGCACCCUUAUCUCUAUUCGGGCACAAGAGAAGGCGGCAUAACGAUUUUGGUCCAAACCAUGCAAAUGUUACUGAGAAUUCAACUAGAAUGACUCAAGAUCGUUGGUCGUCGACGACAACCACCACCACCACCACCACACCACCACCAUCAUCCGCGACAACAAUGGCAGUUUCUGCACUCCUGGAAUUUUCGUUAAUGGAAUCUAUGGAACCCAAAGAGAAUCAUCAUGUUCCUCCUACGCCAAAAUACAAUGCAACGACUAAUCUAAAUUCCAUGGUGCCUCCUAGCUGCAUGAAACUUAUCAACUAUUUGCAAAACGAGAUCCACAAGACCUCCAUUGAGAGGGAGACAUUGAAGCUCGAAAUGAUGAGUGCUCAAACUAUGAUCGACAUUCUACAAUCGAAAAUAGAUUUUCUUAGCAAGGAAAACGAGGAUCUAAAGAAGAGCAACUGAGUCGCGUAGUACAGGAGCCUAGGUUCUUUCCGGUUCCGGUUCCUUGAUUUCCUUUCCUUAUUUAUGCAUGUAUUAUUGUUCACCGGCACGAUUGUAAACUUCAGAUGACGUUAACAUUCAGUUUGUUGAUGAACAAUGUUGUAGCUUUCCUCCUUAUUUAAUACUCGGUUAAUGAACAUUUUAAAAUGUUUCCAGAUU